GUCAAAAUGACCUGGAAAAAUUUAAUAAAGCAAAGGAGCUUGACGAGCACCUAGAAGAAAUCCGUUGUGAUUACACACGGGAUUUAGAAUAUAGGCUUAAAUCAGUUCGUCAACGUGCCACUGCUAUUUAUCUUAUUGACACUCUUGCAUUAAGAGCAGGAAAUAAGAAAAAUGGCAAAAAAGUAGAUACUGUGGGUUGUUGUUCCCUCAGAUGUGAGCAUAUUACUUUGGUACCACCAAGGACAGUUGAGUUUGAUUUCUUGGGUAAAAAUUCAAUAAGAUAUGUAAACUCAGUAGAAGUAAUAGAACAAGUUUUCAAAAACCUUAGAAUAUUUAUGAAGGAUAAGGAAUCCAGUGAAGA